UUAAUUGCCGAAAUUCUUUUUAGAACGGAGUGUUCAUAGUCGAAGUGUUUCCGGACGGAGCAGCUCACAAGGACGGCCGGUUGCAAAUCGGUGAUCAAAUUCUGGAAAUGUGUGGUCAGCCCUUCAAGGAUGUAACAUACGAAGAAGCGCGUUCUACUGUACUGAAAGUCUCAGGAACUAUCACUAUGAAAGUGCAUAGACCUGCGACGAAAGGAGAAGAAGAUAUUGAAGUUGAGUUGCAAAAGAAAUCUGGCAAGGGUGCUGGUUUAUGUUUGACGGGAUACAAGGGCGGCAAAGGAGCAUACGUUUCAGAUUUGUUACCUGGUGGCAGUGCUUUGGAGAGUGGGAAGAUAUGCAAGGGUGACAGAGUGGUGGCUGUCGGUGGUCAGGACGUCCGCGAGGCUCCAGUGGAAGAUAUCGCGGUCCACGUAAAAGUUUCGAAUCCGGUACAAUUAAAAUUGGCAAGGUUCAAAUCUAAUAAGUGACAGGUAAAUGAUUUGACGAGCUAAUCGUAUUCUCUAA